AUGGAUUACUUCAAACCAUGCUUUAAAGAAGACGUCCUUUACAGUAAAUUUAGUAAAUCAUUAGCUUCAACGUCCGUUUUUUAUAACGCUCCAACAUCGUUUUUUAAAUGUUUAAUAGUUGAGAUGAAUCACCAAGUUUUUUUGAAAAGAGCGACCAUGUAUCGGGUUAACGAUAUUGUAAACGAUAUUUAUUUUAUUUUAAAUGGGGAGGUGGAAGUUUUGGGUGCGGAUCAUAACAGAUUGAAAGUGUUGAGAGAGGGUAGUAUAUUUGGUAAUUUGGGUAAAGAAACUUAUACGAGACAAUUAUUAAUAAUGGCCGCAAGAAGUAAUUUGGAGGUGUUGAUUAUUGAAAGUAAAACGUUUCAUGAGAUUAUAAGUAAUUAUGCUUCGUUGAAUGAUCACUUUCAAGAAUUAACUCUGGUAAACGUAGAUUUCUUACAAAAUGAGUUCACUUCAAUUGAGAGAAUACACGAAACAACGUCUACGAUUUUGGCAAUAAAGAAGAAAAAGUUUUAUGAUUUUUACUUCACCUGCAGCCCUUUAAUAAAAAAUUACGAAGCUGUUCACAUAGCAAACAAUGUUCUUAUGAUUAUUUCUUGUUUAAUCGGAUUUCAUUACGAAGGAUAUCAAAAAGCUGUUAUGGACACUGAUUGGUAUAAAUUAAGUAUUCUCCAUUUAAUGGAUCUUUUAUUUAUAAUCAGGAUGUUUCUUAAACUACAUACGAUCUAUAUCGAUGUGUAUGGAAUUUCUGUUCGUAAUAAAAAGGAUAUCAUCAUAAAUUACGUUAAACAAGAACCUGGUUUAUAUUUUGACAUCUUAGUGGGUGCCCCAUUCGAUUUAUUCGGAUACUGUUUCGUCUGGUCUCAAUAUUUUCCAAUCAUAUUCAACGCAUUAAGACUGGUGAAAUUAUUAAGAAUACAUUUAGUUGUAAAUAUUUUAGACAAAAUCCAAGAAAAAUUACACAUAAACGUAGCAUUAAUAAGAGUUUUAUACAUCUUAACUGUAACAUCAAUUUAUGUGCAAAUAAUGGGAAUUUGCUUUUUUUACUCAAGAUAUUUCACCGUUCCAACGCUCGAACCUCCAUUAAACUCGAAAUCUAUGUUGUAUCUAAAUUCAAUUUUUGUUAUUGCUUGUACAACAUUCGGAGCACCAUUAACAAAUCUUGGCAUACAAUAUACUUUCGCGGUAUCAUUACUUUGCGUGCUUAUUACAAUAUUAGGAAGAUUUAUAGUAACUCUUUUUAUCGCUGAAACUUGCGCUAUUUUGGAGGCUAUCAAUAAAAGUAGGAAUUCAUACAAAGAAUUUGCAUUGGACGUCAAAGAAUACAUGGAAACAUACGACGUUUCGAUUCCGCUUAAUCGUGAAAUAAUAGUUUACGUUAAUUUGCUUUGGUCGAAUUAUCGUGGAGUUUUAAAUCCGCUUUUAUUGGAAAAAACUCCUUAUUAUUUAAAAGAAGCGACUUUAAACGCUAUGUUUGGUUAUCAUCUCCGAAACCAUCCGGUGAUUAAAAAUUUUCAUAUCGAUUUAAUAAGACAGAUGGCUGCUUGCAUGAAAGUAAUCAUUUUCUUCCCUGGAAAUCAUGUCGUUUAUCAAGGUGAUGUCGAUCAAACAAUGUAUUUUUUACACGAAGGGGUCAUCGAUGCUUUAACCGAAGAUUCUUUAGAAAAAGAAACGAUUGCGUUAAGUUUAGAAUCUGGGGAUUCUUUUGGAUUGGAACAAGGAUUAUUUCCUGGUACACCUCACAUUUUUUUCCCCGCUUCAGCUGAAAUAUUAGAUUUAUAUUAUACAGAUCCUAUCGAUAGUUACGAUGAAAAUAUUAAAAACUAUUUGUAUUAA